UUCGCCUUUUCUCAAUUGAGGAGAGCUCGUGUGUGACUUUUUCCAAUAAAAGGAAGUGACUAAGACUUCUCAAAUUAAUCAGCAGUCAUCAGAUCGAUAUGAAUGACACUGGUUUCCAGAAAAACAACAUGAAGAGUGACGAUGUAUUGCACUUUAAGUCAUUACCCGAAGACGUGUUCUGAAAUUGAGUUUACAGAAUAGAAAUUAUAAUCAGAAGGUAACGCCCACGGCAUAAAGAGCAGAGGAGACAACUCAAUUAUUAUUAUAUCGUUGGUCCACUGCCAUUUAAUUUAACGUAUUUAUUGCUUCCCCUUAGAGUAAAGUAAGAGGCCUAAUGUGUGAUUGCUUGAGAAUAAAAUCUGUGGGAUUUUCAAAAAAUAUUCGCACGAUUUGAUUUUUAGAGGCUCAUAGGAGAAGCACUUUCUCAAGACAAAGUUGACAGUUUAACUGACCAUUUGAAAUUAUUUGUAAUGCAAUACACAAAUGUAUACAAAGGUGGAUCUUUCCUUCAUUUAAUUUUACUUCAAUACAAUUAAGGCUAGCUGUGAAUAAUCCAGAGUCGAGCUAUUGGUCUUCGCACUUGAAAGACAAUAAAACCUAAAAUACAGGAUGGCGUUGUAUACUUGGGGAUUAGGAAGCAAUGGUCAACUUGGUACAGGAAAUCUGGAAACGAAACACACACCUCAAAAUAUCAAACCACCUGGAAAGGUCAAGCAAGUUGACUGUGGAGCACUGUUUACAGUUGUUUUGACGGAGGAUGGGGCAGUCUACAGUACAGGCUGUGGGAAGUUCGGGCGCCUUGGACACGGAAGCUCUGAGAAGGACAGCAAUAUACUUGGACCUGUGGUUCUUUCUGUCAAAUGUUCUCAGGUAUCCUGUGGUUCAUGGCAUGUUGGUGUCGUAACCACAGAAGGUGCAUUGUUCCUCUGGGGUUAUCAAAAGGCUUUCGUUAAAGUACUGAAGCCAGAAAAUAUGGGUCUUCCAAAUUUGUUUGCCCUCCCUCAUAAGGCAAAAGUAGCAGGUGUAUCUUGUGGCCACAAUUACACAUACGCUUGGACAGUUGAAGGCCAGCUGUAUUCUUGGGGAAGGGGUCAAAACGGAGUUCUUGGACUUGGAUCUGAUGAUGAUCAAAGGUUGCCUCAGCAUGUAGAGACCUUGAAAGAGGAGAAAGUUGCAACAGUCGGAGCUGGCAAUAGUCAUUGUGGCAUCGUAACAGAGUCAGGACUUCUCUACAUGACAGGAAAGGGAUCAGAUGGAGCUCUUGGAUUUGGACAUUCACAUCUGGGCAAUGCGUUACUCCCAAAACGCUGUGAAACGGGGACAGAGGUCAAGGCUGUGAGCUGUAGCAAGGGAGAGCAUCACGGACACACCCUGGCGCUGACUGUCUCUGGCUCGGUACUGGCCUGGGGAGAUGGCUACAAAGGAAAAUUGGGACUUGGUGGACAGGAAUCCCGUUAUACCCCAGCUGUCAUACCUCCUGAGCUUUUCAACAACCAACCAGUCACUUCAAUCUCAGCAGGCGGCAUCCACAGUGCAGCAGCCACGGCUAGUGGGGAAGUCUUUACAUGGGGCUGUGGUAGUGACGGACGGCUGGGCCAUCCAGAGGGGCAAGGACAUAGAUAUCUGUUCCGUUCGGACAUUCCGAAAAAAGUGGAAGGGUUACCGAAAGCAGGGGCUGGUAAAGUUACUGUCAGCUGUGCUUACUAUCACUGUGCUGCUGUUGUGCAUAAUUCUGACUAGGAUCCAUUUGUGCAACAGCCGAGUUCCGAGUUUGUGCAUGAUGAACUUUCUCAGACAAGAAUUUUGUGUUCACUUCCAUCUAGUUUCAUAAUAUUGCAGAUAAUUUCUAUAACACCAACUACCAUACAAUUCAAUUCUCGGUGCUUUACAAUGCCUUUAUUUUAAUACAAAAUACUUGUGUAUGAAUGUGCGUGCCCACUCUUCAGAUUAAUCCUUAGGUGCACAUAAGCAGACUUCUUACUGUCACAGCUCAAUCAAUGACAGUAUGCACAUCACAUUAAGAACAUGAAAGAAUUUUGAAUAAAAAGGAUUAACUAUCAAGAUGGCAUUUCAAGAAGUGUCUUUUUAAAUGAAUUUAAAAUGUUGCCUCCUACUUUGUAUCCCUCGAAUGUUGUGGGAGAUAGUUCGAGACAGAUGGAGCCAGAUAAGGAAAGGAUCUCCCAGCGAAAUUUUGACCUCCCUUCCAAGGUGCUCUCAUAUGAGAGGGUGAUCUCCUGGCCAUAGACAUUUUGGUACAGCAUUUUGAUACAUUUGAAUCAAGUUGCUUAAAUCAAACUUAACGAGGCCUUAUUGUUAACACAUUUAUGGCAUAGGGUGACAUGUGUCAUCAUCAUGAAGUGUCGAAUCUCAAAGGAUUCAUUUUUCUUCUCAGAUCUCUGCAAAAGAAUACCUAUAUUAUUUGCCUGGUGUUUCCCUGCCACUCGCAAUAUCCAUAUAUUAUAUGAAUAUUGAUGUUUUAUUGUGAAUUUUAUGAUGCUGAUGUAUUCCAUGUACUGGUAUGCAAUGAAAAUGCAUUCCUUUUAAACCCAUAUUUUCCCAAAAGGGUUUAAAAAGAUAAUAUUUUUGGUUUGUAGAAUAUAUUUCUUUAAAUUCAUAUCUAGGAUUCUUUAACAGAAUACCUAAGUUAAGGGUUUACUUCACCCGAAUACCUAAGUUAAGGGUUUACUUCACCCGAAUACCUGUCAUAAACAAAUUACGAUCAAACCUGCUCUGACAGCCACCUGUCCAAGACAAUCACCUGUACAAACGGCCACUUCCCACAUUUUCCCCCUUUACUUUUUUCUUUAUUAUAAGGACACUGUAUUGUCCAAUACGUCCACCUGCCUAAGGCCAACCACUUUUUUCCUCCAAAAUGGGUGACCAUCUCGAACAGUUACAACGAUUAUUACAUUCCACGCACUAUUUAAGAUCUUAAGAUCAGGUUGGGAUCUAGAGAUCAGGAGAUACAAAUUCUUUCCACCGCCAAUCCAAAAAGUAUAGAGUGUAUUAAGAUUAAGAAGGGUGGUCAUUGGAGAGGGACCUUCAAAAAGAUUCAUUCUACCUUCAAGAGGUACUGCACUCUGUCAACCAGCAAGGCUUGAGUGAUGAUAAAAUGAAUGAAGGUGAUAUGGUGUCAUUGUGAUGAAUGAAUAUGUGUAUAUAAACAAAAUACAUCAAGUUAAAAAAAAA